GAGAGGAGCCAAUGAGGAGAGGCGAUGCUGGGAGGUGUGAGGUGCCAGUGAUAGCGCGGCCCUGAUUGGGUGCCCCGCGCAGGGGGUGCGGAGGCCCUGGCGAGGAGAAGAUGGCGGCGGCGGCGACAGAAACUGUGGAGCUCCACAAGUUGAAGCUUGCUGAGCUGAAGCAAGAAUGUUUAGCCCGAGGUCUGGAGGCAAAAGGAAAUAAGCAGGAUCUCAUCAACAGACUUCAAGCCUAUUUUGAGCAACAUGCUGAGGAAGAAGCAAAUGAAGAAGAUGUUUUGGGAGAAGAAACAGAGGAAGAAGAACAAAAACCAUUAGAUGCUCCUGUCAAAGAGGAAGUAGCUACUGAAAAAUCAGCUGAAGUAGGUGCAGAAAAGAAAGUGGUGAAAAUUGCCUCAGAAAUCCCACAGAUGGAGAGAAUGCAAAAACGGGCAGAGAGAUUUAAUGUUCCUGUUAGUUUGGAGAGUAAGAAAGCUGCACGAGCUGCUCGGUUUGGUAUGUCUGUGGCUUCAACUAAAGGUCUUGGUGAAGAAAGUAAGACUACAGUAAAUAUAGACAAAUUAAAGGAAAGGGCUCAGAGAUUUGGCUUGAAUGUCUCCACAGUCUCCAAAAAGACCGAAGAUGAUGAGAAGCUAAAAAAGAGAAAGGAGAGGUUCGGCAUUGUAACAAGUUCAGCUGGAACUGGAACCACAGAAGACACAGAGGCAAAGAAGAGAAAAAGAGCAGAACGUUUUGGCAUCGUCUGAGGAUCUUCCUCUUAGCCUUUACCUGCUUGGGUUGUAUGUUUUACACAUUAUUGUUCUUUGUUCCUAAUGAAGAAUAUAGUUUUCUUCCUCAUACGGAUCUUGGCUUUACAUUUUAAAGCUAGCUCUUCAGUUGUGCUUUCCUUUGCUUUUGGACUUCAAACAGAUUGUGAAGCCUAGAAUGUGAAGCCUAUUGUGUAUGUAAACAAUUUGAAUUUUCCAGCAAAUUCUCUUAUUAGCCACUUAUUACAUUGCCAAUGUGAUUUCCCUCAUUGCCAAUGUGAUUUCCCUCUGUUUUGAGUUAAAACAGCUGCUCAAAAUAAAAAAGUAGGAAUAUGAUUAUUUUUAAAGCAUUGUUCAGUGCCUAUUAAAGUUACUAACAUCUACAUCAAGAACUGUCUGAAUGUUCCUCAGGCAUUUAUUCUCCUAAUAUUUCAGCAUCACAUUGCCCAUGCCUCAGAAAUGUGUCUCCAUCCCUGAUCAAAAUUCAUCUGUCUUAUACAGAAAGCCUGAAGCCUUUCUUUCCUUGUCUUGUGCGAUAUGUCUUAGGUCUUAUGAUGCCUUGAGGCAUGAUACCUGCCAUACAUCUAUUGUGAAAGGGUACUGCACCAAAUAUUAAUGCUUUUUAGAACUUGUGCCACUGUUGAACAUUUCAAAGAACAUUGGUGAGUUACAGUAUAGUAUUUAUUCCCUUAGCUAUAGUGAGGACUAUCCCAAGAUUUAAAAAGUGCCACAGUCAUGUAUUUGGCAACCAUUGAUAAAGAGCCUCUUAAUACCCUAUUGAUAAUGAUAAUUUGAAACUUGCCCGGAGGUUUUUACAUUAUAUUUUCAAAAAUGCAGAUAAUUCCCCCUUAUAAAGUAUCAAAAGUUCUACAUGAUUGCUGUGAAAUUAAUACUAUAGCAUAUAUUAUUCCUGCUCAGUGUUUUGAAAGGCUUUAGUUUCUAGCUGAAUUAUCAAGCUGUGGUGUUCUUUUUCUCCCUGAAUGAACUAUAUUUUGGAGAGCCCUCCUGCUUCUAUUUGCAAUAUUAUAAUUUACUAAAGGUAACAAGUGGGAGAAACAAGUUUUAAAAAUAACUUAUUCAUGUUUUCCAAGGAAACGAAUUGUGGCAAUAGCACAUUGAGAAGCUAUAUUCGCUCAAGUAAUCCCAUCUUUAUUGCUUCAUAUAGCCCAAAGUUUCCCUGUUGCUACAGAUCUCAUUCAUCUUUUGCACAGAGAAAAAUAAUCAAGACUGUUUUGUAUUCUAUAUAAGUAUGCUUUCUUGUUGGUCACAUAUUUAAUAUACUGUUAUUGGUUGGCAUUUGAAUAUUAGUCCACUUGAACUUCUUUGGAUUUUUUGUUUUUUAACAUAAUCCUUAAAUGAAAGAUCAGUGACUGUAUUUCAUUGUAGUCCACAUGCAGCACCUUCCUUUUCUGUGCAGUACAGAUUAAACAAUGUUUAGAAAACUCAUUAGCGGCCUCUUAAUUUUAUCAUUUAUGCUUUAAAAACAGUUUUUAGUUAAUCAGUGAUUUUACUUCUGAUUCUUUAUGCCAUCUCUGAGCAGCAUUUAUUACUUGAUAGGAUAGGGGCAAGGGUGAUGUAUCAUUUCAGCACUGCGGUAUCUCAUUACGUAUAUUCCAACUUUAUUCUGAUUUUAUUUGACAUGUUAAAUUUGAUAAUUUGAUUUUCUGUUCAUCAACUUGGUCAGUUUGGUUACUUGCUUGAAAUGUUCUUACAGGUUAUGUUUAAAGCAGAAUUACACUUCAUUCUUUGGUUCAUAAUAAAAUUACUUUAAGGCA